GACACAACGCUGCGGGGGUGUUUUAAUGUGCACACAUAUUUGUUACGUUGUAUUGCAUGAACUGUACGGUUGAGGACGGGCUGAUUUGAACUGGACUGUUUUCUGGUAUUGGUAAAUAAGUGACUGUGUAGCCGAGUGGUUUACUGAACUGGCGCGGGAUUUAUGGAAAUGGAGUGUGGGAUCUCGGUGUAUCAUCAUUAGUACGACUACAAAGAGAAAGGGGAACUCAUCGCCAAACUGAAUCACACCCAGUUGAACAGGCUACAGACUUGGAACUUUUAGCAGGCAGGAUGGAACGACGUCGCAAACUUAGUUUAUCUUUGGCUUUGAUCCUGUCUUGUUUACAGUGGACAACUUCUUUCAAUCUGGAUAUUGACAAACCCUAUGUAUUCUCUGGACCUAAAGGAAGUUAUUUUGGAUUUUCUGUGGAUUUCUUCCAGCCAAAUAUUAAGCAGUCAAACAUCCUUAUAGGAGCUCCCAGAGCCAACACCACCUCAGCUUCCACAGUGGUGGAGAGAGGGGCUGUCUAUACCUGCCCAUGGCAGAAGAGUGGUGACUGUACCCAAGUACAGUUUGACAACACUGAUGAUCGGAAGAAUAUGGAGGGGGUCCAGAUGGAGUUCAAGUCCAACCAGUGGUUUGGAGCCACGGUACGGUCAAACGGUGAACACAUCCUGGCCUGUGCACCCCUCUACCAGUGGAGCACGUACAGCUUCUCAGAGCGAGAGCCUGUCGGAACAUGUUUCCUGAAGAAGGGAGGAGACGUGGUGGAGUACUCUCCCUGUCGAUCUAAUGCUAACUCUCCAGAGGGACAAGGCUUCUGUCAAGCUGGAUUCAGUAUUGAUUUUGUCAAGAAUAACAGGGUGGUUGUUGGAGGCCCUGGUAGUUUCUAUUGGCAAGGACAGCUGAUCAGUGACGACAUAUCUGAGAUCAUCACCAAGUUCAACAACCACUACUACACUCCUUACAGUAACCAGCUGACCACCAAGUCCGCCAGUGCUCAGUACGAUGACAGCUAUUUAGGAUACUCUGUGACCGUCGGAGACUUCAAUGAGGAUGGGGAGGAUGAUUACAUUACUGGGGUACCCAGGGGAGACAAAGCUCUGGGCUAUGUGAACAUCUUCAAUGGGAGGAACAUGGAGUCAAUGCUGAACUUCACAGGAACGCAGAUGGCUGCCUACUUCGGCCAUUCUGUGGCAGCCACCGACCUCAAUAACGAUGGGCUAGUGGAUCUGUUUGUGGGGGCCCCUCUGUUCAUGGAGCGUGGCAGUGAUGGGAAGCUGCGGGAGGUGGGCCAGGUGUCUGUGUUCCUGGGGAAGGGAGGGUUCUCCUUCCACACCCCCGUCACACUGAGUGGAACGGAGAUCUACUCACGCUUCGGCAGUUCUAUAGCCGCACUGGAAGACCUGGAUAUGGACGGCUUCAAUGACAUUGCCAUAGCUGCACCCUACGGCGGGCCGAAGCACCGCGGCCUAGUGUACAUCCACAAUGGGAGGGCGGCAGGGCCUGACCCAGUGCCUUCCCAGGUCCUAGAGGGGAGGUGGGCCUCCUCUUACAUGCCCCCCAGCUUUGGAUACUCCCUACACGGAGCCACCGAUAUUGACCAGAACGGAUACCCAGACUUAAUAGUCGGUGUAUUUGGUGCAGACAAAGCCGUUCUAUACAGGGCCCGGCCGGUCAUCAGUGUUAACGCCACCCUGGACAUCAGCCCGCAGAUCCUCAACCCGGAGGAUAGGAACUGCAAACUGCCUGACCAUGACACACCAGUGUCCUGUUUCAAAGUGAAGUACUGUGUUAAGGCGAGUGGGAGAGGCGCCCCAGCCUCACUGAAGUUCCAUGUUGACCUGGUGUUGGACAGACUCAAACACAAGGGGGCGACAAAGAGAGUUAUGUUCCUCCACAGCAAGACGUCCCGGUACGCCAAGAACAUGACGGUCAGCAACGGCCGAGGACCAGCCUGCGAGGAGCAGGAAGCCUUCCUCAUAGAUGACUCUGAGUUCCGGGACAAGAUCACCCCCAUCUCUGUGUUCAUGGAGUUCACUCUGGACUACCAGCAGGCUGCAGAUAAGACCGGCCUACUGCCUAUCCUGGACCAGACUACCCCCACCAACAUCUCCAAACAGGCCCAUAUCCUACUGGACUGUGGAGAUGACAACAUCUGCAAGCCAGACCUCCAGCUGUCUGUAGUGAGUGACCAGAAGGAGAUCUACAUAGGAGAUGAUAACCCCUUGACCCUGGAGGUGACAGCGGAGAACAGAGGAGAGGGGGCGUACGAGGCAGAGCUACAUGUCUUCCUUCCUCCCCAGGCCGACUUCACUGGAGUCGUACGCAACAGUGAGACACUGUCUAGACUGUCCUGUGCCUAUAAGACCGAGAACCAGACCAGGGUGGUAGUGUGUGAUCUGGGGAACCCCAUGAAAGGAGGAACUAAGGUGCUGGCCGGUCUGCGCUUCAGCGUUCACCAGCUCUCAGAGCAGGACACGUCUGUCAAGUUUGACCUGCAGAUACAGAGUUCCAACCAGUUCAACAACACCAGCAGUCUGGUCUCCAGCAUCACAAAGCUGGCUGUCCUCGCCAAGGUGGAUAUCAGAGGGGUGUCCGCCCCAGACCAGAUCUUCCUGCCCGUCGCUAACUGGCAGCCUAAAGAAAACCCUGUGGUAGGAGAUGACAUCGGCCCACAGAUACUGCACGUCUAUGAGUUGCGUAACAGAGGCCCCAGCACAUUCAGCAAGGCCAUGCUGGACGUAGAGUGGCCCUACAGGUUCACCAACGGCUCUCUGCUCUACAUCACCAAGCUGGAGGUGGACGGGGACGGAGGAAUGAACUGCAGUACGGACAUGGAGAUCAACCCGCUCAAUGUCUCA